AUGAAGGGACUGUUGGAGGUUGGUACAUAUGAAAGGGAUAAAUUAAGUCAAUUUAAGAUGUCUAAUAGAUUAGUUUAUAACGGCCCAUCGGCUUUAUUCCUAACGUCCACGGAUGCAACGUUGGAAAUCAAAGUCCGAGACUUUGCCUUUCCACCAGACGAUCCUCGACACUGGGGUGAAACAUACCCGCCUUCAUCAGACGAAGAAGAAUACGGAUACGAAUACGCUAAUCAUCGGGCUCGGGCUCUCUAUGACUUUCAAGCCGAUACGCCUAGUGAGAUGAGUUUCCAGGAAGGAGAUAUUAUGAUUGUCAGAUCUCAACAAUGUACAGGCUGGCUGGUUGCUGAUAUGGGAGAAGAAACAGGGCUGGUACCUGAGAAUUACGUUAUCGUGUUGGGGGAUGAUGAGGAGGACGAGGAAGACUAUUGUCCUUGGCCAGGACAAGAGCAAGAUGGUUGA